UGCGGCGGCGGCGGCGGCGGCUCCGCUCCAGCCCCGCACCCGGCGGCAACAUGUGGCUCCUGGAGCGGCUGCGCGGCGUGACGGAGAACGGUGGGUCCCGGGGCGCAGGGCCAGAGGAGUCCCCACGGGGGUCCCGCUACAGCAACGUCCUCACCCCCGACAAGAUCCCCGACUUCUUCAUCCCGCCCAAGCUGAGCGCGGCGCCAGCCGAGGCUGAGGGCCCCGAGCCCCCUGCAGUGCCCGCCCUGGGCCCCUCGGCCUCGGAGCAAGACCUGGCUGGGCGCAAGCCCCCCCGCAGCCCCCGGCCAUCCAGCCGUUCCCGGCCACGGGCCGCUGGCCGGCACAUUAUCCAGAUUGAGAGCGCCGAAGACUGGACGGCCGAGGGGGGCUUUGGCACCAACGCAGACCCGCAGGCGCAGACGGCCAUGUCGCUGCCCUACGUGCCCAAGGCGCAGACCUCCUACGGCUUCGCCACGCUGGUGGAGAGCCCCCACACGCGGCGCAAAGAGUCGCUCUUCCACAGCGAGCACAGCAGCCUCUGCCCCUCGCCGGCCACCUCGCCCAGUGCCCAGCGCAGAGCCAAGCUCAAUGGUGAGAGCGGGUCCCGGGCGCCCACCGACCUGGGCGCAGCCCUCAUGCACCCCGGCCGUUACUUCAGCGGCGGCGAGAGCGACACGUGCUCCUCGGCUGAGUCCUCGCCCUUCGGUUCCCCACUGCUUUCCCGCUCCGUCUCCCUGCUGAAGAUCUUCAGCCAGGAGAGCCAAUCUAAGGUCAUCAAGCUGAAGCACUCGGUAGCCCGCAACAGCUCACUGUCCACCGACGACAGCUCGGCUGACACCAGCCCCAGCGCCCAGCGCCGUGCCAGGAGCACCCCGGCGGGGGGGCAGCCACCCGCCGCCCUGCUGCCCCUGGACCUGCCGCCGGGCCGCGACCGGGAGCACAGCCUGCGGCUCAGCCGGGGUGGGAGCCUGCGCCUGGCUGCCGAGUACGACCCCUCCAAUGCCCGGCUGCGCGUGCGGCUCGUCUCUGCCGAGGACCUCUACGACGCCCUCGUCGACCUGCGCAGCAUCAACUGCUGCGUCUCGCUGUGCCUCAACCCUGGGAAGCUGCAGAAGCAGCGCAGCACCAUCGUCAAGAACAGCCGCAACCCCAUCUUCAACGAGGACUUCUUCUUCGAUGGGCUGGGCCCCGGCCAUGCCAGGAAGAUGUCCCUGAAGCUCAAGGUGGUCAACAAGGGCAGCAGCCUUAAGCGGGACACGCUACUGGGGGAGAAGGAGCUGCCGCUCACUGCCCUCCUGUCCUGCCUGUAGGCGCUUGCUGCCCGCCCCGGAGGGAGCUGCCUGCCCAUGGGGCUGGGGUGGGGGGGGGUGGGGGCGACCCUGUCCCCUGGCCUUGCUGGAGGGGGGUUUGGAAGGGCCCCUCGGAGGAGGGGUGGAGCUGUGGGGGUGCCGGUGGGGGCUCUGUCAGCACCAGCCCUCCUGCGGUGGGGCAGGCAGGGCCGGCAGCCACAGCCUCCCCCUUCUGCUCCCUCCCUGGGCUGCAUCUCCUGGAGCCCAGCAGGAAGCGGGGAGCCACCGACUCUGUCUCCACCGGGAAGGAAUGAUGUCACCUGCCGGGUUCUUCCCUCCCCGGUGCCCGUGGUCUCCAGCUGGCCAGCACGAAGGUUGGAGGUGGGUAGAUCUCUGUAGCAUACUUAAUGCCACCUCUCAAAGCCCCAGCUCCAGGACUCAGGUGAUAGCAUCGAUCUCAGCUUUAAUUUAAAAGGCAAGUUUCUAGUCUCGGAAACUGCAGAGAAAAUACUGCAGAGGUGACCCAAGGGUGGGCCAAGGGAGGUGACCCUGGGGGAUGAGUCAGGUUUGUGGGUUUUGAGCCUUUCCUGAACUCUUCCCAGCGCUGCGGGACUGCACAGAUGUGCAAGUCGGCUUGGUCCGACACGUGCAGCCUCCUGGGAUGCCCUCCCUGCCCACCUCCUGCAGUGUCCCCUGCUGCUGACCUCCUGUGGGAAACUGCUCCUGGAGCUUCAGGGGCUUUGGGUUUGCCCAAAUCCAAGAGGCUGCCUGUGCCCGUCCCCUGCCCGUGGGAGGGAGAUGCCGGGGGCUGGCACUGCCGUGGGGAGGCCUGGCACCCCUCAUCCGGGGCGCUCGCAUGGUCCCGGGCGGUGUCCCAGCAGACGUGCUUGCUGACAAAAGCCCAGGCGACAGGAGUAGCCCUCCCUGAAUGCCGGUGGCCUGGCUGGCUCUGGGGACGUGCCGGGUAUCGCUGGGCAGGGGGGAGGCUGUGGCUCCUCUGCCCUCCCUCGCCUGCGGGGGCUCGGGGGUUUGCGAGCGGCCGCACCCACUGGGUGGGAGGGAUGUGUCCCAGGGGGCCACAAAGCCCCUGAGCCCAGCAGGACCUGGCUCUCCGAAGGGACUGGCCUGGCUCUGGGGUUUCCCUUUGGGGCGCAGUGGGGUCUUCCCACCCCUUCCCAUCCCUCCCUGCCAUCCCGGUCGACUGGCUGGAGGCACCAGGAGUGGGGGAAAUGCCGGCUGGGGCAUUUCUGUGGGUGGAUAAAACAGACACCUUGUUGUUGUUUGGUGUGGUGUUACCCAUUGCAUCGGGCUCUGCAUGUUGCUGUGGAAGGAGCAGAAUUCGCAGUGCUCCUGUCCCUGCCUGUUGCAGCACGCGUGGACACACGCGCACACACGCGUCCCUCUGUGUUAACCUCUGUCGGUGGCAGUUGAUGUUCCUUCCUUGUCCUUUGCAGCAGAUGGCAGAUUUUUCGGUGUUGGCUAUUUAUAUCCGAGGCUGAUCUUUCCCAGCGUGUUUUACUUCUGUCUGUAAAUAUGUUUCAGGUACGCGAGGCAUGGUUCUGAUAGCGCAGUGUUUGCAUGUCGGGGGGAUUUGGGGUGAUCGUGGCUGUUUGUUGAGCUUGUGGCUGAAAACAAACCGUGCAGGACGUAAGGAGCGGACAUGUCCCUCCUUCGUGGGGGAUUGCCCACCUGAGGCUUCCCACCGCUCCCCCAGCAGCCGACACGGGGGACGCUCCCGGCCCCCGAGUGCCCAGACUCACCCUGGGGCAGAUGGGGGGUCCAUGGGGAGGGUGGGAUGGGGAGAGGGGCCAUGUCUCUGGGCUGGGGCGAGCAUCCCACCCCUGAACAGACCCGGGGCAGGAAAGGGACCCUGCCUGGCCGGCUGCUGCCCGACAGCCCCACGCACCCUUUGCCAGCGCCCUGCGGUCCCCGGGGUGCUGCGGUCCCUGGGGUGCUGCGCCUGCAAGGGGUUGGUGGGACCAGGCGUUGCUGGGGGGGGGCGGGGACAGGGACCAGCAUGCUGUGAGAGGAGGGGGAACAGGAGCUGGGCAAAGAUUUUUGGUGCUCUGUGAGAGGGUUGGGGGGGGGUGACGCAUCCCCCCCCAGCAGAGCCGUGUGCCUUUGCGUUUGGGGAAGGGGGAUGCUGAGACCAGGGCCCUGGGCUGCUCCUUGGGUUGGGGCUGGCCCUGGGGGGGGAGACCCAAGGGCCUGGGGGCUUGUGCUGUCCCACCCUGCCUGUCCCAGGGCUGCCCUGCUGGAAUCGUGACGUGUGGCCGUCUGCCGAGCCCUGGGAUGUGCUGCCGGGAGCCCUGCUCCCGGGACGGGCUGGAGGGCGGCGUGGGAGCCGGGACUGUGGCCUGGCUGGGUCUUUCCUCCUCUGUAGCUCUUUUCUACCGUUCCUGCUUUGAUAUUUCUGUGGCUGGAUUUAAUGAUGCAUUUUUUGGAGUGAAAAAAAUAUAUUAAUACCUGAAUGGAAUGUUUGUUUACAGAUGACUUCCCCUUUUUAGUGCAAUAAAGUAAUUUCUAAA